CGGCGGCGGCGGCGGGGAGGCGGCGGCGGCGGCCAUGGGCUGCCUGCAGAGCGUGGCGUGCAAGGCGCGGGUGCGGCGGGAGCAGAUCGUGGUGUCCGACGUGUCCGCCACCAUCGAGCCGGCCGCCACCGCCAUCGAGGAGAGCUCGCCCGUGGUGCUGCGCUACCGCACGCCCUACUUCCGCGCCUCCGCCCGCGUCCUCAUGCCGCCCAUCGCCCGGCGCCACACCUGGGUGGUGGGCUGGAUCCAGGCCUGCAACCACAUGGAGUUCUACAACACCUACAGCGACCUGGGCGUGUCCAGCUGGGAGCUGCCCGACUUGCGAGAAGGAAGAGUGAAAGCCAUCAGCGAUUCCGAUGGGGUGAGCUACCCCUGGUACGGAAACACCACGGAAACGGUGACCCUGGUGGGCCCCACGAACAAGAUCUCCAGGUUCUCGGUGAGCAUGAAUGACAAUUUCUACCCCAGCGUGACGUGGGCCGUCCCCGUGAGCAACAGCAACGUGCCGCUGCUGACCAGGAUUAAAAGGGACCAGAGCUUCACCACGUGGCUGGUGGCCAUGAACACCACCACCAAGGAGAAGAUCAUCUUGCAGACUAUAAAGUGGAGGAUGCGAGUGGACAUUGAGGUUGAUCCCAUGCAGCUCCUGGGGCAGCGGGCACGGCUGGUGGGAAGGACUCAGCAGGAGCAGCCCCGGAUCCUGAGCAGGAUGGAGCCCAUCCCACCAAAUGCACUAGUGAAACCCAACGCCAACGAUGCCCAAGUCCUCAUGUGGAGACCCAAGCGAGGCCAGCCUAUAGUUGUGAUACCUCCCAAGUAGCGCAGCACCGGGGCGCGUGCCGGCGUGUGCGAACGCACGGGGUUCCUGAGCCAAAGCAGGCCUCCUGGGUUCACCUGCCUUUGUAGCUGCGCUUGGAAACACGGCUUCUCCUUCGCUGGAAAGAGAGCGUGAGCCUGGCCCGGCCGCCGGGAGGGGUUGCUGGGCCGGUGGAUUCCCCAGGAGUCCCCCAGGAAGUCGUGGAAGCGGAUGCGGCCCUGCGUCGUGUCCGCCUCGAAGUCGGGCGCCUCGUCGCCCAGCAGCAGCCCCGGCAUGGCGGCGCCUCCGGGACCGACCCGACCCGACCCGACCCGAAGCGCUUCGG